CGACUGCCAUUGUUCGCCGCCUUUCAUCUCCUCACCGCCGAUCGGUAAGCUCCAACCGAUCGAUUCUCUCGCCUAUUCUGUAUUUCGAUUGGAGGAUUGAUACAUCUCCGAAUUAAUCUUUUUUCACGAAGAUAUAGGGUUUUCUUUUCUUUCUUCGAUUUUUGUUUUAAUUGCUAGGGUUUCAAUUACAUCUCCAAGUUUUCGUGCUGAAUAGCACGGAAUUCGAAUAUCUGGUGUGGACUUUUGUCGUUUUAGUGUUUUCUUGCCCAAUUUCUUGUUUCUUUCGGGUUAGCCUUUGUUUAUCCUAGGGGUUCGAUUUUAUUUUUUGAAAAUUCAAAAAAGAAAAAAAAUUUGUUGGUGGAAUUUGGUUCUGUUUGGGGGUUUAAGGAUUUUUGCACGUGAAAGGAUUUUUGGGGGUUGAGAGUUUUAACUUUUCAGAAUUUCGAUUUUCUAUAUGGCGGCUGGGGAAUAUGGCGGUUAUUAUGAUAAUGAGUUAAGGGACAGGGAAUCUGAUGUUUCAAGGAGGGAGUUUGUUAAUUCAAAGAAGCAUGACCGAGCUAGGAAUGAUAGUCGUGACAUGGAACUCGGUCGUGCAAAGGAUGUUAGAGAUAGAAUGAGGGUUAGACAGAAGGAUAUUAAGGAGAGGGAAGUGGCAAAUGGUGGGUAUCGUUCUUCUUCUAGUAGGAGUGACUCUGGUAGCAGUGGGGGCGGAAACCCUGGGCUCAGGGAAGGUGAUUUCUCUCAUAGGUCUGUUGAUAGGGAGCCUGGUGAGUUGUCCAGUGAGAGUGGAUCUGAGGAUGUCUUUGAUUCUGAAUUACAGGCUAAAGCUACUGAAUGUGUGAAGGUAACAGAGAAUGGUGCUCGGUCUCCUGUGGAAAGGAAAAGGAAGUUUUCCCCUAUAGUGUGGGAUAGAGAUGAUAAGGAAGCAAGCAAUUUCACAAGAAGCAGGAAAUCAACUACUGUUACUACCCUCCCUCUUCUACCACCAUUACCUAAGGCUUACCAUGAUUCACCUAACCCCAUUCUAGAUAUGGUUGUACGGAUAUCUCCCAUUAGAGGUGGUAAAAGCCGGAAGUUGCUGUCUUCCUCAAAAAGUGAGGCUCCUGCUGUUACUGUGGCAGAGUCUCCUGUAGGGUUUGCCCCAUCACCACCAGCUGAUCAGCAAUGGGGUAAUGAUCAGGAAGGAGAGCUUCAAGAAGAUGAGGAUUAUGUACCCACCCGGAACAUAUCUUCCUCAAGAUGGGCAUCUGAUGACAGUUCUCCAGGUGAUGAGGGUGAAAUUUUGGAUGAGGAGAUGCCUACAAGGAGGAAGAAGAUGCCUGCUUCAGAAUCAUUGCAAGACAGAGCACGGAAUAAGUCGGUAACUCCUGAGGUUGGGGUGAUUCUGAGGGAAGGAUCUGAAGGACUUGGGGGGAGGUCAUCCUCUGUUGAACAAGAUGCCCGUUCUAGGUCUGGUAGUAGGGAUGAUUACCCAGCUAAUGACUUGGGCAAGGAAAAUUAUAUGGAGAUUGACAAUGAAUAUCAUAGAGGUGAUAGUAGUGUUAGCCAGUCUGAUACUGAUACUGAUACUGAGGAUGGAAAUAAUUCACGAGGGACCCCUGAACCUGCACCUCCACAAAGAAGUAUAAAUAUGCUUCAAGGAUGUAGAAGUGUUGAUGAAUUUGAGAGACUAAAUAAGAUAGAUGAAGGCACUUAUGGUGUUGUCUAUAGAGCUAGAGAUAAAAGGACAGGGGAAAUAGUAGCAUUGAAGAAGGUAAAGAUGGAGAAGGAAAGAGAAGGUUUUCCUUUGACUUCUCUUAGGGAAAUUAACAUUCUUCUUUCUUUUCAUCAUCAGUCAAUUGUAGAUGUUAAAGAAGUCGUUGUAGGUGGCAGCCUUGAUAGCAUAUUUAUGGUUAUGGAAUACAUGGAACAUGAUCUUAAAGGUCUAAUGGAGUCGAUGAAGCAGGCUUUUAGUCAAAGUGAAGUAAAGUGUCUGAUGCUCCAGCUAUUGGAGGGUGUUAAAUAUCUUCAUGACAACUGGGUGCUGCACCGGGAUUUAAAAACAUCUAAUCUUCUUUUGAAUAAUCGGGGUGAAUUGAAGAUUUGUGAUUUUGGGUUGGCUCGCCAAUAUGGAAGCCCAUUGAAGCCAUAUACUCAUUUGGUUGUUACUCUUUGGUACAGGGCACCUGAACUACUUUUGGGCGCAAAACAGUAUUCAACUGCAAUUGACAUGUGGUCUCUAGGCUGCAUCAUGGCUGAAUUAUUAUCAAAGGCACCACUUUUCAAUGGCAAAACUGAAUUUGACCAACUUGACAAGAUUUUUAGAAUUCUUGGCACACCAAAUGAGACAAUUUGGCCGGGGUUUUCAAAGCUGCCUGGAGUUAAAGUCAACUUUGUCAAGCAUCAGUAUAAUCUUCUACGCAAGAAAUUCCCAGCAACAUCCUUCACUGGGUCACCAGUUCUCUCUGAUGCUGGAUUUGAUUUGUUGAAUAAACUUCUCACUUAUGAUCCAGAGAAGCGGAUAACAGCUGAAGCUGCUCUUAACCAUGAAUGGUUUCAUGAAGUUCCACUUCCCAAGUCUAAAGAUUUCAUGCCUACCUUCCCUGCCCAACAUGCACAAGACAGGCGUAUGAGAAGAAUUUUGAAGAGUCCAGAUCCCUUGGAAGAACAACGUAGAAAGGAGUUGCAGCAAGCUGAAAUAGGAACUGGUGGCUUGUUUGGCUGAAAGAAAUUUUACUGAGCAGUGACAUCUGGGCAAGAUUUCCAAUGUAUUGACAGAUGACCAUGGUUGAGGUGAGAGAUUGCAUUCAACGGGAGUAGCCAACGGUUUUUGUCAGAAAAUCAUUCAUGCUGUUUUUUAGCAGGCGCCAACUGUAAUGUGGGUGGAGUUAUUAUUUGCCUCCUGUUGAACAAGAUAUUUGCAGGUUAAUUUCUCCAGCUUUGGUCAUCAUUUAGAAAUGCCCCCUGGACAAUGCUUGUGGUGCAAGGUGUGGCAUAACAGCCUUUUCUUAUUUAAAAAAGUCAGUUUCAGCAGACACUCAUGUAACAUAUUUUUAUUGGAACAUUGUAAACAUUCUCAUUAUAUUUGGUUUUGAAUAAUUUUAUAACAAUAUCAAUCUAGUUGUCCGUAUUUGUUCUAUCCUUUUUAAUAUUCACAUUGUGCUUGCAAGAGGUGGUUGGUGUGAAGUGAAGGGGAGGUUCUUAUCUUUUCACUGAGGAAGAAACUGACUGUAACCAUUGUUCUUCAGAGUCUCAAAGCAAGCAGGUUGAGGAGGUCACCUGCCUAUUGGUUUUUGUUGAACCUCCAAUUAGUUGUUCCAUCAGGCCUUGCUAGAGACCCACCCACUUCCCCGAUGUUUUCCCUGAUAAUUGAAUGGGAAUUAAUGGCAAAAUCUGUUUAAAGGUGACUGCUAACCUUCUUGGUUGGUAAAAAUGGUGAAGAUGGGAAGUUACCUAGAAAACUUGUUUAUGUAAUGUUUUCCACAUUUCUGUGACUACCUUUCUGUAAUAAAAGGUAGGCUUAAAU